UUCCUUUCUAUCUAAAAUUUUGAAUCUGUCCUGGACGGGACAUCAACGAGAAGAAUACUACUGACGAAUGAAAAAUUGCUGAUAAAAUCGUGCUUCACGGGAAAUUUGGGGGAUAAUAUUUGCAAAAAGUAUGUAUAUCGGUGGGAGAGGAUGAGGCUAGAUGUGUGAGUGUACAGUCACGUAGGAGUGAGGUUGCAGCCUCUGCCGAUAUGAGUAUACACAUAUAUAUGCAACGUUUGUGGCAGAUGUGAUACAGUCACAGCGCGGCCACCAUGGAGCAGACGGCAAAGACACCAGCGGGGAGCAGCGAGCUUUUCUGCAGAAACUGUAUGAAGGAGACGCAUGAGAGGGAGGCGGAGGAGGUGGAGGGGUGUGUUCCAAGGUGGCUGGAGGGGCGAGUCACCAGGAACGGUCCCGGCAUGACCAAGGUCGGCAGCACACACUACGACCAUCUCUUCGACUCCCUCGCGAUGCUGCACCAGUUCACCAUUCACAAAGGCGGCCGAGUUACCUACACUUCCAGGUUUCUCCGCAGUGAUUCGUAUACCAAGAACACAGAGGCCAACAGGAUCGUGACCACGGAGCUGGGUACGGUGGGCUACCCGGAUCCCUGCAAGACUAUGUUUCACCACCUUGUCACUACCUUCUUUAAGCUGCCUGUGCCCGCCAAUGUCAUGUCCGACAACUGCCUAGUGAACGUGUGCCAAGCCAAGGACCAGAUGUUUGCCCUCACCGAGACUUGCUUCCUGCGGCGGGUCGAUCCUGAAUCCCUGGAGACUUUCGAGAAGAAGGAGGACAUCAGCAACUACGUGGCAGUCAAUAUGGCGACGGCACACCCACACAUCGAACCAGAUGGGACUGUAUACAACCUUGGUAGUUCCUUCUCGCUGAUCAACGGCCCCGAGCUGCGUAUUGUUCGCUUCCCCGAGGGCAAUCUGGAGGGCGCCAGCGUGGUGGGUACGGCAAGUAGCAGGUGGCGCACGGCAUUUCCCUACGUGCACAGCUUCGCCAUGACGGAGAACUACUGGGUAGUGGGCGAGCAGCCUCUGGUGUUGUCCUUGGGCAAGUUGUUCCGACAGUACGUUACCUUCCGCAAGAUGAUUGACGCCCUCACUUGGCUGCCAGACGAGAACUUAAGACUUAUAGUCAUCGAUAGGAAGACAGGCAAGCCUCUGCCCACCACCUACACGGCGCCACCCAUCAUCCUCUUCCACCACAUCAACGCCUGGGAGGAGGACGGCCAUCUGGUGGUGGAUUUCUUGGGCACUAUGAACGGCCUGCACUAUACCAGCUUCUUCUUUAGUAACUUUAAAAAGUCCGACACGGAUCCUUCUAAGGUGAUCCCUGACGCCAAGGCAUGCCGGCUGGUGCUGCCCCUCGAAGUGACAGUUGAAGAGGCCAUGGAGAAGCAUCAAUUCACCUUGAAAGACACUUUGUAUACCGCUGUCAGAAAAGAAAAUGGGGAACUUCACUGCACACCGACGCUUCUCUCACCGGUGAUGUUCGAACUGCCGAGGAUCAAUUAUCUGAGGAACGGCUUGCCCUAUCGCUACACUUACGGGGUCACUGGUGGCUCGGAACUGUUCUACCAGAGGCUAUUGAAACUGGACGUGGAAACUGGCAAGACUUGGUAUUUCCAGGAGGAAGGCUACGUGGCUGCUGAGCCAAUCUUCGUGCCUAGGCCGGGGUCAACAAAAGAAGACGACGGAAUUAUUCUCUCUUCUCUGCUGAAGCUAAACGAUCCCCGCUACGUAGCGCUGUUGGUGUUGAACGCCAAGGACAUGUCGCAGCUGGCCAAGGUGCGGUUCACGGCUGAGGGAGAUGUGACUUAUCCCUUCCACGGCCAGUUCGUUGAUCCUCGCCAGGAGGUCCACUUGUACUGACAGUCGAGGAAGAGAACCACUGAAUGAUGAGAAUAUGGAUCUGAUUAGGUGCAUCUACAGCAGCAUGCGAGUUCAGAAUUACACAAGGGAGGGGUGGCACUGAAAGCAUCAUAAUGAACAUAUAUGAUUACGGUAUGCUGAAGAUUCAUCUGCUGGGUAUGCUGAAUAAUCUAUCAUUUAUUGUACUGAAGGUGUUAGUAAUGUCAAAUGCUGUUUUCUAUACUGAUGGAACACUAAGAAAAGUCAGUCAUAAUAAAACUUACAUAGGUCACAUCGCAGCUUUCUGUUAAUCUGCAUGCUAUCUUAUUUUACUACGAAGUACGAAUUGUUAAAUUAUCAUUCCCUUGGAUAACAAUUUCUCUUCGCACUAUAGAGAAACCACUUAUUGUUAUUGUAAUGGUUCAUGUUUGACUUUUGUUGAAAGACGAAAAUGUAAAGCUUUAAGUAAAAACAGUUAUUAGCGUCUCA